AUAAACGUGUAAGUUCCAUAGUGCAGCUUUAAAGCACAUGUUUGAUGUUUUAUCGUGUGUCCUCCUGCAGAGAGCUGGCAGUCGGGCCUGGAGCACAGCCCUGGUCUGGUGUCUGUGCUGGUUCUCUUCUGCCUGGUGGUGGCGCUGUGUCUGGUGGUGCUGCUGGUGCAGUGUGUCCAACACAUCAGAUCCAUGUCCCGCUUUGAGAGGCUCCAUGACGUCCCUAUGAUGAGUCGGUCCUGGUUGGUCCUGGUCGGUCCUGGUUGGUCCUGGUUGGUCCUGGGAUGGGAGACUGCAGUGAACACCAGGGGCCACAGGGGGCAGCGGUGGCUCUAGUGGAAACUGUUGUUGUGUCCUUAGGCAAGGCACUUGACCUACAUUGCUUAGUCUGGAUGUGGAGUGUGGGGCUGUGUCCCAAUUCGCCCACCUGGCCUUAGAAUCACCAUUGGAAGGGCGGUUCGAAGGGCAGUGACGUAAUUUCCGGCGCGACAAGGGCUGUCCCAUUUCAACCCACCCGACUGAAUGCGGCCGACAAACCUGCCCUUCCCUUUGCACCGUUUCCAUGGAGAUCGGACGUAACCGGAGCGUGCAUCCGUGCACACACAAGAAAGAAAAAAAAUGGAGAACGGAGCAAGGAGCAGACGGAGGAGUUUAUCCGUCUGAGGGGGAGAAUUCGCACCUGUUCAGUGGGGCCAAAUACUCUGCUCAGGCGGCGUGGAAGACAAUACUGCAGAAGAUGGGCCUGGAGGUCACCCCCCUUCAGGCCAAGAAAAAGUGGGAGAACCUCCAGAAGAAAUAUAAAGACUGCAAGUACCCAAAGAGCGGCGAAGGUGUGGCGGGGAACGCCACGGCUGAAACUUGGCCCUGGUUUGUGCCCAUGGAUGAGGUGUUGGGGCAGAGGGCCUCAAUCAACCCCCCUGUCCUCAUCGCCUCUGUCCCUGAGGACACACCAGGGCCAAGUACUUCCUGGCAGACGCAGCCGCUGGAGGAGGAGGAGGAGGAGGAGGAGCAGCAGCAGAGGAGACAACCACGGAAGAGGAAGCGGGAGAAUCCUAUGCUGCAGCUCUACAGGGAGGACCUGUGUAUGCAGAGGGAGCGGGAUGAGAGGGAUCAGGAGGAGAGGGAGGAGAGGAAGCAACGAUAUGAGAGAUUAUUUGGUUUAUUAGAGAAACUAAUUGAAAAAAAUUAA